UUUAUGCAGUUUGGCAACUUAUUUUAACAAGAACGUUAUUCAAGAAACCGAGUGGAGUUCUUCAAGUUAUGGAAACUAUUCGCUUUUUAAUCGUCAUUGCUAUCGCUUUGGGAACUUCAGUAAAAGCAAGCGAAGUAUGCCAUGAAGACCAGGAAGGAUGUAAACAUUUGAUAAGAAAGAGAAGAGAAAUUGUGCAAGGUCCUUGCAUUGCUGGUUCAAAAACACCACAACAGGCCAGUGACGAACUGAAAGGAUAUGAAGGACAGUUUGCUGUCAACUCCUACAACGACACCAGCAUGUCGAAAAAGCGCCAAUUCCUGACUGCUGCAAAGAGCUUAAUCCAUACAGUUUGCAAGAAUCUGACAGUUGGAACAGCUCCAGCACAAGCGGUCUCGAAACUUGCCGGGCUCCACGUGCAAAGAAAAGCAUGCAACGAAACCGACAGUACGCUAAGUGACGUUCCUUGUGAAGGCUGCUCUGGGGUUGCAAAGUACAGAAUUACAAAGAGUCUCUUAGAGAAAAACAGUCAUUGGAACUGCUCGCAGGACAACGAUAUCUGCGAUGGUGUAUGCAUCGGCUCAGUGCGCAUGCCCAAAGAUCUAAUUUCCAACUAUUCUACUGGCUGUAGAUCUCACGUGAUUCAUGUUCAGACGUUCAACCCCAAAACUGCUCAGCUAGUUCAAGUGAGCAGUUCCGGAGAAGCCAUGUUGGUCGAGAUUGAGUUUGACGCAAACGGGUCGAAAACAGACAGCUCUGACUAUAAGUGUUCGGUGUGGCAACACGAUGCUGGGCGUUGGGAUGGAUCAUUCUGUAAUUUGACCAUUCUCCCGCRAAGUUCCAAUAGUAAACCAUACGUGGCGCAAUGUAACUGCACUCGCCUUGGAUCAGUUUGCGUAGCUUUCUCUACGACAGACAUGAACUAUCCUCUAGGUAAUAGCCCUACGACGGUAGCACCCGGAGGCUCGAGCAGUACUACCGCACCUUCGGGAGGAAGUAGUGGAGGCAGUGGAUCGACCACCGCAUCCUCGGGAGGAAAUAGUGGAGGCAGUGGAUCCACCACCGCAUCCUCGGGAGGAAGUAGCGGAGGCAGUGGAUCGACCACCCCAUCCUCGGGAGGAAGUAGUGGAGACAGUGGAUCCACCACCGCAUCCUCGGGAGGAAGCAGUGGAGGCCAAGGAACAACAACCGCAAGGAGUGCUGACACUUCAGGUGCAGUUUAUGCGUCCUUGAAACUGGAAGGAGACUGCAACAAUAUAGUUGGCACCAAAAACGAGCAGCCCUUUCGCACAGCGGCCAAGGCAAAACUAUUAGAGGCAUUACGUGUACGACAAAGUCAAAUCGUAGACCUUAAAGUCAAGUGCGGCAGCAUCAUCUUGACAUUCUUCAUCAAUCAACUUGAUCCGUCCACUGUCCAAUACAAUAUAAGUAAUAUUGGGACAAUUACAACUUCAAACUUUUAUAUUUCACUCCCUGAUGGUACAACAUUCAAGGCAAUCCAAGCUCAUGUGGGAUAUGCUUCCGGUAAUGUCACCGUUUAUGCGCCUCCACAGCCGACUAUUCCUCCAACAACCGCUAAGCGGUACGAGCUAGUGUUUGAUUAUACUCCUAUCAUGGCUGCCAUAGCGCUAGGCAUCGCUUGUAUCGUGUUGUGUGUGUGUUGUACUUGUAUUAUUCAUUCGUGGUAUUUGAGAAAGGAAAAAUAUACUGAGUACAACAGCAUGACGAUAAAAGAAUACGAAGAAAAGAUGAGAGCAAAGCAACAGAAGGGAAUGGAAGGGAAUGAUAUUCCAAUGACAGAUAUGGAACCAGCAGCGCCAACAGCUCAACCCUUUCCCACGACAAACUUCGACAUGACUAAUGAAGAGAUGCCAAAAAUCAAUGAGAGAAGUCUUACAAACUACGACUGGGCUCACACUUCGUAUCUACCGGGCAUGCUCGCCCGACCGACUGAUACAGGGAUGGAAGAAGCACCAAGGCUAAUCCUAGACGAAGACUCGGACUCGGACUCGGAGGAUGGGCAGGAGAACGAAGGAUUCGAAAAGUCAACCCUCGACAUUCCUCAUUCGGCAUCACAUCUCAGCCUGGAAAAAGAAGGCAUUGAAGAAUCCAACGACGCUUUAUCGCAGAAAAACUUCGAGUCUCCGCCUCUCUACGAUAAUGUCACUGACUCGCCUGAAAACAUCCGAACCCCCGAGCAACAAGACAUCUACGAUAAUGUCGACUGCGAGAAUGAGGACGACAACUCCAAUGGACCGCCACCAUCGCCACCACCAAGGCCGACUGAGCCCGAGUAUUCUACGAUUGAGUAAUGACUCUAUUAUUGAUGGUGCACAAGCAAUCGCAAUAGUAUAUCGUGAUUUUUUCCCCCUCGCUCAACAGCGUUACAGUACGACUACCAUAACCGGGGUCACUUGAACAGCGAGAACCAAUCAAAUUCUAGAAUAAAAACAAUACAUUCCAAAGUUGGGUAG